AUGAGUAAUCCCAUCCGUUUGCGUGAUUUAAUUCGGCAAAUUCGUUCGGCUAAAACAGCAGCCGAAGAAAGAGCAGUUGUUCAAAAAGAGUGUGCCUACAUAAGAGAUUCAUUUCGUGAUGAAGAUAGUAUAUGGCGCUGUCGGAAUGUUGCUAAACUACUUUAUAUUCAAAUGUUAGGCUAUAGCGCUCAUUAUGGACAGCUCGAAUGUUUGAAACUGAUUGCAUCUCAAAGAUUUACGGAUAAACGAAUUGGUUAUUUGGGAGCAAUGUUGUUACUAGAUGAAAGACAAGAUAUUCAUGUAUUAAUUACAAAUUCAUUGAAGAAAAAAGUACCAGAACUAAUGGAUAUGUUUUUACCGUCCGUACGAAGUCUUUUAAGUGAAAAAAAUCAUGGUGUAUUACUAACAGCCACUGCACUUGUAACAGAAAUGUGUCAUAAAAAUACAGAUGCAUUACAACAUUUUAGAAAAUUAGUACCAAAUCUUGUUCGUAUAUUGAAAAAUUUAAUUAUGUCUGGCUACAGUCCUGAACAUGAUGUUUCCGGGAUUAGUGAUCCAUUUUUACAAGUUCAUCUAUUGCGUUUAAUGCGAAUAAUAGGAAAAAAUGAUGCUGAAGCAAGUGAAGCAAUGAAUGAUAUUCUCGCUCAAGUAUCUACAAACACAGAAAAUAGUAAAAAUGUUGGCAAUGCUAUAUUGUAUGAAACUGUUUUAACAAUCAUGGAUAUUAAAUCAGAAUCUGGUUUACGUGUGCUGGCUGUUAAUAUUUUGGGACGAUUUCUUUUGAAUAACGAUAAAAAUAUCCGUUAUGUUGCAUUAAAUACACUUUUGCGAGUUGUGCAUGCCGAUCACAAUGCCGUACAACGCCAUCGAACAACGAUUGUUGAAUGUUUGAAAGACGCUGAUGUAUCGAUUAAAAGACGUGCAAUGGAAUUAUGUUUUGCUUUGAUCAAUCCAAACAAUAUUCGUACAAUGAUAAAUGAAAUGAUUACAUUUUUGGCCACCUGCGAAGUAGAUUUUAAAGCUGAUUGUACAUCAAACAUGUUUCUCGCCAUGGAACGUUUUGCUCCAUCGAAACGUUGGCAUGUUGAUCAAAUGAUGAGAGUUUUAACUACGGCUGGUAAUUGUGUUCGUGAUGACAUUGUUUCAAGUUUAAUUGGCAUUAUAUCUUGUACACCGGAUUUACAUGGUUAUACUGCUCAACAAUUAUAUAAAUUAAUUCGUGAUGAUAUAACUCAACAGCCGCUCGUUCAAGCGAAUACGGAGAUUUAUUUGUAUCUGGUCAACUCCAGACCGAUGAUAAUUCAAUUCAUGUAUGCAAGUGAAGAUGAUAUUGUGAAUAUAUUAGAAAAAGUGCUCAAUUGGAGUCCAAGCACAAUUGUCACACGUGAAUAUGCCAUUAAUGCUCUAAUGAAACUAAGUACACGCUUUCCAUCUCGAAUACAAACAGUAAUGACAAUUUAUGCGUGUAACAUGAAUUUGGAAUUACAAACGCGUGCUGUUGAAUAUACAUCAUUGUUCACAAAAUACAAUUCUUUAAGACCGAGUAUUGUUGAACGAAUGCCCGUUUUGGUUAAUAGUCAAAUCUCACACUCUGUGAAUGAUGAUCAACAACAAUCACAACACUCAUCUGAUGAUAAUGUUCAAACAACACCGACUUCUGAGCCUCCAACAGUGGAUAAUACUCCAAAACCAGCUGAAGAGAAUCUUCUUCGCAUUUUGGAUGAAAUAGAGCCAACAGUUAGCAAUGGUAUAUCAAAUGAUGAUAGUAACAACCAUAUUUUGGGACUGUUUGGUAACAUAACCACACCGUCAAACUCAACAGCAGAUGACUUUUUAUUUGGUGCUGUACCAUCAGUUUCUACUAUGACGAAAAGUCAAUCAAAUCUUGGAAAUAAUACAAUUCCAAAUAUGAACGCAAUCGAUAAGAAUGGUUUACAUGUGGUAUUUAGUUUCGAACGAAAUGAUACAAAUUUAACGAUAAAUUUACAGGCAUCUAAUUCAACUGCAUCCGUAAUGAAAAAUUUCGUAUUCAAAGCAGCUGUUCCAAAAACAUUUAAUCUGGAGUUACUAUCACCGAGUGGUGCAAAUAUACCACCAAAUAAUAGUGGUAACAUCCGUCAGAUUAUCAAACUUAGUAAUCCGACUAAGGAUCGUUUGAGAAUGCGUGUGCGUAUUAGCUAUAUGAUUGAUGGUACAUCGAUGUCCGAUGAAGCGGAAUUAAAUUCAUUUCCCGAGGAGUGUUGGAAUUGA